AGUUGGAAGUGCGAAGCAGAGUCAGCCUGAAGGGUGUGUGUGUGUGUGGCACACAUUCCCUCUCCCUUUUUUCUUUUGGUCCAAAUAGAACUUCAUUCAUUCAGCUCUCUAGCUGCUCUUUUUAUUCCUAUUCCGUUUUGAUUUUUUCAAUUGCUUUUCAUGCCCAAAACAUCACCUAAGAAUCAAGGCAGUGGGAGACCCAAUCAGAUCGAUUGGGAAACAGUGGGGUUCAGCGUUGGAUUAUGUCUCGGAUAGAAUCGUUGACCAGAUCUAGGAUUGACCGUAACAAGGAGUUUGCUUUGAAGAACAAAGAGAAAGAAAGGAUGAAGGAGAAAGAAAAAGAUGCCCGCUACACCAAUGGGCACCUCUUCACUUCCAUCACAGUUUCUGGCAUGACCAUGUGUUUUGCAUGUAACAAGAGCAUCACGGCCAAAGAGGCGCUGAGUUGUCCCAACUGCAAUGUCACCAUCCACAACCGCUGCAAGGAUACCUUACCAAAUUGUACCAAAGUCAAGCAGAAGCAGCAAAAGGCAGCCUUGCUCAAGAACAAUUCAGCAUUGCAGUCGGUGUCCCUGAGAAACAAAACAACCAUCAGGGAGCGCCCCAGUUCCGCCAUCUACCCCUCAGAGAGCUUCCGCCACACCUUGCUGGGAUCCCGCCGGGGCCGUCCCACUUUGUCCCUUUCCAAAAGUGUCUCUACCACCAACAUUGCAGGGACUUUCAACGAUGAAUCUCCCUUGGGGAUCAGGAGAAUCCUGUCCCAGUCCACCGAUUCCCUUAACAUGCGCAACCGAACACUCUCGGUAGAAUCACUCAUUGAUGAAGGAGCCGAAGUCAUCUACAGCCAGCUGAUGAGUGAUUUUGAGAUGGGUGAGAAGGACUUUGAGGCUGAUUCCUGGAGCCUGGCAGUAGACAAUAACUUCUUGCAGCAGCACAAGAAGGAGGUCAUGAAACGACAAGAUGUCAUAUAUGAGUUGAUUCAGACCGAGCUCCACCACGUACAGACGCUGAAGAUCAUGACCAACCUCUUCCGGAAGGGGAUGUUGGAAGACCUCCAGAUGGACCCAGCUGUUGUGCAGAGCAUGUUCCCCUGUGUGGACGAGCUCAGUGAGAUCCACAACCGCUUCCUCGUGCAACUCCUAGAGCGCCGCAAGGAGUCGCUGGCCACCGACAGCAACAAGAACUUUGUCAUCAACCGGCUGGGAGACAUCCUUGUGCAGCAGUUUUCAGGCACCAGUGCUGAGCAGAUGAAGAAGGCCUACUCAGAGUUCUGCAGCCGCCACAGCAAGGCCGUGAAGCUUUACAAAGAGCUCUUCGCCCGGGACAAGAGGUUCCAGCAGUUCAUCCGAAGGCUGACACGGUCAUCGGUGUUGCGCCGUCACGGUGUGCAGGAGUGCAUCCUUCUGGUCACCCAGCGCAUCACUAAAUACCCUGGGCUUAUUGACAGAAUCCUGCAGAACUCCAAAGGUAACGAAGUGGAUCAGAGGGAUCUGAGCACAGCCUUGACAGUGGUCAAGGAACUGCUUUCCACAAUCAAUCAAGAGGUGCACGACUAUGAGAAGAAUGCUCGGCUGCAGGAGAUCUACGGGCGAAUAGAUGGGCGUGCCAAGGCCAUCCUGCCCUGGGAGCGGGGUUCUUUCUGCAGCGAGGAGUUGCUGCGGCGCAAGCUGGUACACGACGGCUCCAUGCUCUGGAAGACGGCUGCUGGGCGUUUUAAAGAUGUCCUGGUUCUCCUGAUGACAGACGUUCUCAUCUUCCUUCAGGAGAAGGAUCAGAAAUACAACUUCCCCACCCUGGACAAGCCAGCUGUGAUCUCACUCCAAAACUUGAUUGUCCGAGACAUUGCCAACCAGGAGAAGGGCAUGUUCCUCAUCAGUGCUGCCCCACCGGAAAUGUAUGAGGUGCACACCGCCUCCCGUGAUGACCGGAACACCUGGAUGAAGCUCAUCCAGCAGACUGUCAAACUAUGUCCUGACCGGUCCGAUUUUCCACUCAUUGAGACGGAGAAUGAAGCCUCUUUGCGGAAGCUGAAAGAUAAGAUUCAGCAACGGGACCGGGAAAUCACGGAACUCCUCGAGGACAAAGUGGGGCUCUUUGCCGAUAUCCUGGCCCUUCAGAGUUGUAGUGUGGAUGGCCCCCUACCCACCGUGAACUCCCGCACCCUUUUCCGCACUGAGUCAUCGGAUACUCCCCAUGGGGAGAAGCUGAUCCAGGAGGCCAUCAAAGAAGUGGAAUUUCUGAAGGAUUUAUUCGUGGGACCCAGCUGGGAUCGAGACCAAAACCACACACAUGAUCCAAAUGGCUGUUCUAGCCCAAACCCAAAUAACACCACAAAUGGGGAGACUGGAAGCAUUAACGGCUCCCUUGAAUUCAACAGGGUUGAAUCCGAAUCAAACCAACGUGAUGGCAAUGGAAACCAGCUACAACAGAAAGUAUCACAGGAGGAGGUGCUGCAACGGCUCAGGACUCUCUAUUCUCUGCUUCACGGCUUGCAGGCAGCCGUGGCACAUCAGGAUACCCUUCUGGAGCUCCAGCUACAGGAAGCAGGCGAGCGGCGUGAGAGGCUGAUCCGCACCAAUUCCCGCAAGGAAGCCCCCGCUUCCACAGCAGAUAAGCAGGCCACCGACCUCUCGCUACUGCAGAAGCAACACGCGCUGCUGCAAGAGGAGCUGAGCCGCUGCCGGCAGCUCUGCCAGGAGAAGACUCAGGAGGUGACGGCUCUGGAGGCACGGCUGAGGGAGAGCGAGCAGGAGAGAGCUCGGCUGGAGCGGGAGGUGGAAGAGACCCGCAAGCAGGCAGUGACCCUGCAGCAGCCUGGGACGAUCGUGGAAGCCGUAUGGGCACGGAAGGGGGCGGAGCCCCGGAGACGCAGCUUGCCAGCUGGUGAUGCUCUGUACCAAAGCUUCACUCCGCCUCAGCAGCAGAGCCGAGGAGGUGACCCUCUCUCCCCCAGCUGCCUCACGUUCCAGCGGACCUUUAUCAAUUGCCAACGGGAUGAGAUUGGCUACCAUGGCAUACCCAGUAGGCUUCCAGAGGGCGACCAGGAUUUGGGAGUGCUCUCGGAGGAGGAAGGUGUAGAAAUCCAACAUACUCCCCCUUCUAGCCCGCGAGAUUUCAUGAAGAUGCAGGAGAUAUCCGAUUUUCCGAAGAUGCAGGACAUUCCAGAGGAGGUUGAAAGCAGCCAGGAGCUGAAUGUUGGAGAUAACGGUGCUUCGUAUAGUUAGAUUUGGGGUGAGGGGGGAUCAUCCCCAUACCUUCCUAAAGCCAUCGGACAGGGACUGCCCCCCUGCCAGAGACCACCUUGUCUCCAAUCAAAACCACAACGUGGAACUUCAGGGACCUGGAAAGACCACACCAAACUAACUUUGGGUGGGUGGGAGCGGGGUUAGUGGAAAACCACGUCCUGAGAGUGGGGGAAGGGACAGGGGACUGAGCCACAGCACCCCCUGGGACCACUGCUUUUUGUGGCCUUUAGAACUCCUCAUUGACGGACGAUGGAUUUGGGAUUCUGUUGUUGUUCUUGUUGUUGCCCUGCAGGUUCUCUUUCUGAUUCAGGCCGGGGCGAGAGGGAGUCAGGUACCGCAGAUGCCUACUGUUGCUUCUUCUAACCCACCUACCUCCCCGCCCCACUUCCAAGCAGUUUAAUUUAUUUAUUUUGGGGCAGGGGAUAGGAGGGAGCUGCCCCCUUCUUGUGAAGGAUACCUUUAAAUUAUUACGAUGAUUUUUUUUUGCUUUUCCUUGGGACUCUGUGGAUACACAGAAUGUCUUAAUUUUCCUGGUUAUCCUCUCCAGUUUAAGAGCAAGGAGGGAGUCUGUCAGCCGAGGUGACUCCAGUUCACAGAAUGCUUACACUAUACUUGUGCCAACACUAUGGAGCGGGGGCGGAGCUUGUGUGCCCACCGUGUUCAAGGGUGGAGUUUAACCCUGCAAGCUGCUCCAUUGCUGGUCUGAAUAACUUAACUGAGGGGCCUGGUUCAGUUUUGGAAUCCUUUAUUCCUUUUUAUGGUCUACAUAAGAUAUUUUUGAGUGAGGGAAAAAAAAAACUGCUGCUCAGAAAGCAACCCACUCUGGGGAGGACUUUGCUAUGUUAACAGAAGGAGAAGAAUCACAAAUUUCCCAAUUACAAGACCUCUUUAAGAUUGUGCCUGCAUUACAGAUGUGUCAGUUGGUUCCUUACCAGUUUAAAUGCCAUGUAUGGUUUUUUCCCCUUCCAAGGAAAGUUGACAACUGCAGUAAGGCCAUGAGACUGGUGAUAUUUCAAGAGUGAAUUUCUCCAUAGUUAAAAAUGUUUAAGCCCGUGCUGCUGAGACCACCGUUCAAGCUCCUUUAGC